CCCAAUAUUCUCUAUCAAGAAACAGAUGAAUCUAUAAAUCUAGCGCUAGUCGACUUUGAUUGGGCGGGUGAGGCUGGCAAAGUCUCUUAUCCUUCCUUCUUAAACAUUCAAAGUGUCAAAAGACAUCCUGAUGCAAGAUCUGAUAAGGUUAUUACUCCAGAGCAUGAUAUUUUUAGUUUAAAUACAUUCAUGAUGGAUUUGUAA